AUGCGAGUUUGGUUGUGGCAUUCCACUAAAACUGUCGAAUAUCGGCCAGAUUCCAAAGAUUAUCGAUGUUGUUGUGGAGCUUUACGAUCUAAGAGAUGUUUCACAGUGUUGAUUUUAUGCAAUCUUGCAUUUUUCCUAUAUGACGGCCUCAAAAAUGGUUUCGUUCAAACGAUAUCAGAUCCUAUCGAAUGGGUCCAAUUUGCUCUUUGUGUUCUUGUGACUGUCUUUGCCGUUUUAUCGAUCAUCACCUUGAGGCCAAUUUUCAUGCAACUCUACAUUAUUUCCGGUAUCAUUUAUUAUGGAGCUAUGUUUUCCGAGCAUUUCUUUGAGGCCUACAGAUGUGUGAUGGAAUUUUUAGAAGUGAAAGGAAAAGAACCAGAGCAAGCCGAAUUGGACGCGUUUUGGGAUCUAGUUUUUAGCGUCGGUGUUAUCCUCUUUUUUUCGCCUAUCAUUUUCUGGGGAUGGUAUUUGACGCAUUCAGUUUAUGCUUACAUACGCGAUCGUCAACUUUUCCACGAACAACAAGAUGAUAGAAUACUCACCACAGUCUAUACAGAAGCAGUGCCCAUGACAAAAGAAGAA